ACGUCAUUCAGUCACUUUACCUUUUAAGAGCAAGUGAAGGCAUCUUGAAUCUCAUAUUCUCAUGUAUAUUCAUCACAAUUAUACAUGCUCAUAUUUCUGAAACCCGAAGCCACAAAAAAACAUACUUCUGUAUUGAGUUCUCUUCAUUUCCCUGACCAUCCGUGCGUAUGUGGCCUUCGUUGACAACAAUCCUUACAAAAGAGAAGGAUUGAAACACUGGGUAGUUUUCUGUUGGAGUCGCAGAGUAAAAGAAUUAUUAAAAAAAAAAAAAAGAAGAGACUUUCAAGGGUGACAAUAUGAGGAUGGUCAGUGCCAUUGAUUGUUCAGAGUGCCCAAGUAUCUGUAGUUUCUUGGUUGUUGAAGCUUAUCCUAAGAGGUACUCUUCCAAGAUCCCAUCUGAUUUGAUCCUAUUCCUGGGCCUUGGCUUCAUAGAUUGGUAAAAUUUACUAUCUUUAUGUUUCUGAUUCCUAGAGGAUUUGCCAGAUAAGGACUGUGUAUUUGAUGGGUUUGAUUCAGUGUCGUCUUCCACCUUUCUUUUAAGAGUUUAAGGAGACUCCUGGGUUAACCUUUCAUAAGUUCUUAAUUUAGGGGCUAACUUUAUGUCUGUAUUUUGUUGUCUUUUUUUUUUUUUUUCUUGAUUCCUCUGUGUAGUAGUUUCAUUUUAUGAAAAUCUUAUUCCCCUUGCUUUGAUAAAACUAGGGAUUUAUAAAUCUAGCCAUAUGGGGUUUCCUCUAGAAUCCAGAUAAAGUCAUAUGUUGUCUUCUGAUGAUCUGGGAUUUUAGGACUUUGUAGUUUUGAUGAUUUUCAAUUUGGGUAUUGUGGGAAUAGUUUUGCAAUGAAUAAGUUCAGGGCUUUGAUGGAGGUGGGAUGUUGUAGCUGGGACUAGUUUGGGUACAUAAAGAUUAGCCUUUUAUCAGAAUAGUCUUCAAUUCUGGGUAUUAUUUGAAGAUGGGGGAUAUCCUUCUAACAGCUCUUUCAAUAGAGAAUCAUCACCCUUCAACCCUCUUAUCCAUGGAUUCCAGUGCCCCCUCUUCACAUGAUGAUUUGGAUCUUGAGACGAUGAAUCGCCAAGAUCCAAUAAUUGGUCCCCCGGACAUCAAUUUACCCUUAUCGACUGAGCUUAGCCCCUUUCCUCAGCCAUGGAACUCUGAACACUUUGAUGUUCUUGAUGUUGGGCUCGGGACCCAGAUAUAUGAAACCGAAAGUCCUCAAAAUGCACCCAAGAUUGGUAGGAAAUUUGCAAAAAGAACAGAUAGCGUCUGGGCUGCCUGGUUUUUCUUUAGCUUUUAUUUUAAGCCCGUGUUCAAUGAGAAAUCAAAGGCGAAAGUUGUUUGUGACAGCAAUGGGGUUAGUGGGUUUGAUAGAUCGGACCUCGAGCUCGAUACUUUCAUGGUUCAGCACGAUAUGGAGAAUAUGUACAUGUGGGUUUUCAAGGAAAGGCCCGAGAGUGCACUGGGUAAGAUGCAACUCAGGAGCUAUAUGAACGGGCAUUCUCGACAGGGGGAACGCCCCUUCCCUUUCAGUGUUGACAGAGGUUUUGUUCGGUCUCAUAGGAUGCAAAGGAAACAGUAUAGAGGCCUUUCGAAUCCUCAAUGUGUUCAUGGGAUCGAGGUUGUUCCCUCGCCCAAUCUCUCGGUUUUAGAUGAAGGCAAGCUAAGGAGAUGGGUGGAACUUACUGGAAGGGAGGCGAAUUUCACCAUCCCACCCGAAGCAAGUGAUUACAGUUCAUGGAGAAACCUUCCCAACACAGAAUUCGAGCUCGAGAGGCCCAAGAAUAACCACCAUUCCCACUCUAAGAAACUAUUUAAGUUGUCAACUAGGCCACCCAACCAUACUAAUGGGGAUAUAAUGGAUCUCUCACCGGUCAGCAACAAAAGGAAGGACUUUUUCUCACAUGGAAAUGAAGAAGAGGAUCGCCUUCCUAAUCGGAUUCCAAAUUUGGAAGUGAAUCCGAACGAGCCACACUGGUUGAACGAAUUUCGAGGGGUCAUGAGGAACGUUUAUGGGCCCGUGACAGCUGCUAAAACCAUCUACGAAGACGAAGAAGGCUAUUUGAUCAUAGUCAGCUUGCCAUUCGUGAAUCUGCAGAGGGUCAAAGUUUCGUGGCGGAACACACUCAAACAUGGGGUAAUCAAGGUUUCUUGCUCGAGCACAUCUCGCACCUCAUUCAUUAAGAGGCACAAAAGGACUUUCAAACUUUUAGAUUCAUCAUCUGAGCACUGCCCUCCGGGGGAGUUUGUCCGAGAAAUCCCUCUUUCAACCCGGAUUCCCGAAGACGCUAAUAUAGAGGCCUACCUCGAUGGAUCCGGGACAGUUCUCGAGAUAUUGGUGCCUAAACUUCAAGAGGGACCGGAAGAACACGAAGUGCACAUCCGCCUUUGUCCUCAACUCGGUGCUAGUGAUCUUAUGUUGACCUAGAGGCAUUAACUCUGUAUGGUGUAAUAUUAUGCAUGAACUUUAAAUAAGGACAUAUUUGUUGUGUUAUAUGUCAUUCCUAUAAGAAAUUAAGAAUGAACUUGGUUUCAAAAUUGUACGGUUAUGCCUGUGAUGGAAUUGAAGCAGGUGUACUGUUCCAUCUCAACUAAAAGUCUAAGCUGAUAGUUGGAUUGCACAUUUAUGUU